GUCCACACUGGCUGCUUCGACCUCUUCAUGAAGUUCAUGAAGAAAUCUGCUUAUCACGACAAGCUCGAUCGCUUGUACACAUUGGCAAGCUGGACCCGGCCCUGGUCCGCUGUCUCCUCUCUCCAUCUCGAUCCGCGAACUAAUGUUCCAAGAGGCAUAUACAUGCUGGCAAAAUUCAAGGAUAUGCAGCACAUAUCAUCUGUCCCGCUAGAGGUUGCCUUGUUGAUUCAUGAUUACUCGCGGCUGGGGACGAUAUGGCAAUAUGCUUCACUCCUAGAGCGAUUUAAGAUGUUCUCAAAAGCUGAUACCCAGUUGCGCUCGCUUUCACUGCGCGAAAUAAGCUUUUGGGAGAGGGGAGGUCUUCCGACUGUCUUAACAGACCGUUCUAGAGGUACCAUUCGCCUCACAAUCGAUUCACAGGGCCUGAGCAAGAUUGAACGACUGAGGGAGAGACCCAAUCACCAGACUGGUUCAUCUAAUGCACUAGCAUAUGUGGUUGAGCCUGAGAAACGUUUGGGCAACAUUACUGUUGAUUUCAAGGCUUGUAUCACCCUUUUUGGGCUAGCUCAUCUAAACACCCCGCGACGAACAAACUUGAACGUUUGGGAUAGGCCAUGCCCGCCCAACUUGAUGAACUGUUAUGGUAUUCACAAGUGGACCGGAUUGUCCUUCACAAGAAUGACGACUGUCGACACUCAGAAUUGCACCGGAAUAACCUUUUUUAUUGGACAUGACCAAGUUAUACACGGUAUACAUGCACACACGAAAAGAGGACCAGAUCCCAAGGAGAUCUUCGACAGAAUAUACAAGCUUCAUGAGCGAAGUAUUAUUUGGGGGUACCUCCCACUCCCUCCCGGUGAUUCGAUUGAAACCUUUGGGGCUCGGAUACCUCCGUCCAGAGAGUUUACAAAGAGCUCAAAUGCUUCCAGUUACCUUUUCCGUACGACCCUUUCAGGUGAUAUAGCUCUCGGUUUGCUCCCUGUUUCGGAAGGAAGAGAUGUUGUCCUCGGCAAUGGGCCCAACCCUACACUCAUAAGCUACCGGCAAGACUCCGAUGACCCCUCAUAUUACUGCUCACAUUAUAUCCACCCAUCGGCAAAGUACUUAACAGCGCUGCAAUCGCCAACUUACAACUUACUAGGGACGCAUUCGUCGAAAAAGCGCCCGUUUCAGUUCAGACACAUCAGACCGCGAGGAGAGCCGCCUUUCGAACGAGCAUACUUCUCUUCAGCUCCGUUGGAGGGCGUCACUCGGGUACACACGUUCGAGGAUAAAGAUGACAAGUUUUGCCAAGGAAUCAUAUUGGAAUACGCCAAUGGGUCCCAGCGAGCUAUAGGACAGUGUCGGUUUGGCCUAGACCCUGUCACCACAGUCGUAAAUCCCUCGCAAAUUUGCUUGGCUGAAAAUGAGUACCGCCCAAAAGAACCCAUCCGACCUCCUCGACUGCCGACACGAAUGAGAGUGAGAUUUUUCUCCGAUGACGACUACAAAAGGCACAAGGCCCAUGAUGGAAAAACAAUCUGGAAAUCUUUUCCGGUCAAGGGAACUAUUGAAUUCUGGUUCCACGGGUUUCGGACAAUUGUUAGACUAUUUGAAAACAGUGAUGAAUAGAUACUCAAGUUAAAAACAGCCAGACAAACAGAGAGAUUAUUCUCAGGGUCGUAACAUUAGUCCAUAAUCCUUGAAAGGCACAUGAGAGAUAUCAGUAUUGAAAGCAGCAGCCGCGCAUUGACGUAUCCAUCAAUCUGCAUUAUGCGACGAGUUUGUCAUUAUUCGUCCAACAAACAACCUACCCCAUCUAUUGGAACUCGGCGUAUUGAGUGGAGACAUAAGACCAAGGCCUCGUUAGUAGGGGACUCGUCAGUUCGCCAAGAGUAUCUCCUCUUUG